CCGUAUCGUUUCGAUCCGUUGACCAUUUAUUUUUCCUCCAUCAAUUAUAGUUGAUCUUCUCUUUUCUUGCGCAUGUUUAUAGAUUGGUUCUUGUUGGUUAUGACGGAAACGAAAUAGAUUAUGUUAAUGGUGUUGAACGAACGAAUCAUGAUGCUCGAGAACGACCUUCAUUUCAAGGUCGAAGAUAUCGUUCAGGCGCCUUUACCUGGCUACGCAUCUCCAACGGCAGUCAGCUUCAGCCCCGACGACUCUCUGAUCACUUACUUGUUUAGUCCCGAAGAGAAUCUGAACAGGAGAGUGUACGCUUUCGAUGUGAACAAAGGAGAGUCUAGUCUUGUUUUCAGUCCUCCCGACGGUGGUGUCGACGAGAGCAACAUCUCGCCGGAGGAGAAGCUGAGAAGGGAGAGGCUGCGUGAACGCGGGCUGGGAGUGACUCGUUACGAAUGGGUCAAGACUAACUUGAAGAUGAAAUUCAUUGUCGUGCCUUUACCUGCUGGGGUGUAUAUGAAGGAUCUUUGUUCAUCGCCAAAUCCAGAGCUCAUAGUUCCAAGCUCACCCGCUUCCCCAGUCAUUGAUCCUCGUCUAUCUCCCAACGGGUUGCUCCUUGCAUACGUAAAGGACUCCGAGCUGCAUGUCCUCAAUCUGUUGAAAAACCAGACACAACAGCUGACGAACGGUGCCAAUGGAAGUACUCUGACUCAUGGUCUUGCUGAGUACAUAGCUCAGGAAGAGAUGGAUCGGAGGAACGGGUACUGGUGGUCGUUAGACAGCAAGUUCAUCGCUUACACCGAAGUAGACUCCUCGCAGAUACCUCUCUUCAGAAUCAUGCACCAGGGGAAAAGCUCCGUCGGCGCAGACGCGCAAGAGGACCACGCUUACCCUUUCGCUGGAGCUCUCAACUCCACGGUCCGUCUCGGCGUGGUUUCUUCCUCCGGAGGCGGUAAAACGACUUGGAUGGAUCUCGUCUGCGGAGGAAGAGACAACGCGGAGGAAGAGUAUCUCGGUAGAGUCAGCUGGAUGCCAGGAAACGUCCUCGCGGCGCAGGUUCUGAACCGGUCGCAGCGUAAACUCAAAAUCAUCAGCUUUGAUAUAAAGACAGGUCAUGGAAACGUACUGUUGACUGAAGAGUCUGACGCGUGGGUGACUCUGCACGACUGUUUCACGCCUAUGGAGCCUUCGGGAGGAUUCAUCUGGGCCAGCGAGAGGACUGGUUACAGACAUUUGUAUCUUUAUGAGGCUGAUGGGACUUGUCUUGGAGCCGUUACUAGCGGUGAGUGGAUGGUUGAGCAGAUCGCAGGGGUAAAUGAGUCAAUGUGUUUGGUUUACUUCACUGCAACGCUCGAUGGAGCGCUCGAGACUCAUCUUUACUGCACAAAACUGGAAGCUAAAUCUCAACAACCACCGAUGAGGCUUACGCGUGGGAAAGGGAAACACGUCGUUGUGUUGGAUCAUCAGAUGAAGAACUUUGUGGACGUUCACGACUCGGUUGAUUCUCCUCCACGUGUCACUCUCUGCUCUCUGAGCGAUGGGACUGUGCUGAAGAUACUCUACGAGCAGAGUUCUCCGUUGUCGAUAGUGAGACGACUUGAGCUUGAGGCUCCUGAGUUCGUUCAGAUACAAGCUAGCGAUGGAGAGACGACUCUCUACGGCGCGGUUUACAGACCGGACGGUUCGAAGUUCGGUCCUCCUCCUUAUAAGACGAUGAUCAAUGUCUACGGAGGUCCUAGUGUUCAGCUGGUGCAGGACUCUUGGAUCAGUACGGUCGACAUGAGGACACAGUACUUGAGAAGCAGAGGCGUCUUAGUUUUCAAGGUUGAUAACAGAGGAACCGCGCGGCGCGGUCUGAAGUUUGAGUCUUGGAUCAAACAUAACUGCGGGAACGUUGAUGCUGAGGACCAAGUAACCGGAGCAAAAUGGCUUAUCGAGCAAGGUUUAGCUAAACCGGAUCACAUCGGUGUCUACGGCUGGAGUUACGGCGGGUACCUCUCGGCUACGCUCUUGACUAAGUACCCUGAGAUCUUUAGAUGUGCCGUCUCUGGUGCUCCUGUGACCUCUUGGGACGGGUACGAUACGUUCUACACGGAGAAGUACAUGGACCUUCCGGAUGAUGAUCUGUAUGUGAAGAGCUCGGUGAUGCAGCAUGUGGGGAAGUUGAGGGAUGAUCAGCAGAAGCUGAUGCUGGUGCAUGGGAUGAUGGAUGAGAAUGUGCAUUUUAGGCACACGGGUAGGCUUGUGAACGCGCUUGUGGAGGCGGGGAAGAGGUAUGAGUUGUUGAUAUUUCCUGAUGAAAGGCAUAUGCCGAGGAAGGUGAAGGACCGUGUUUAUAUGGAACAGAGGAUUUGGGAGUUCAUUGAUAAGAGCUUGUGAAAGGUAUGUUAUAUAACUUUCACAAACUUUGUUGUUCUGUUUCUUUUUUGUUCUUUCAAUGGUAAAAAAAAAAUGAUACCCUCUCAAUUCUCUCAUGUCUAUUUGAUUUGGUUACAAAUUUCAUUUUGUUAAUCAUAAUUCAUACAUGGUUAAUAUGGUUUAAUUCGGUAAUAAAAUAUUAUUUCAUUA